AUGAAGGGACUCAUCCUCAGCACCGCUCUUGUCAGCGGAGCCAUGGCCGCGGCCGGCCCCUACAUGCCCUGCGGCGGCAAGGGAUUCACCGGCGAGACGACCUGCGUGUCCGGUUACACGUGCACAGUCCAGAACGAAUACUACAGCCAGUGCGUUCAAGGAAGCGCCGCCGGCGCCGUCAGCGCCCAGGCCCAGGCUACCACCCUGAGGACAUCGACGAGACGGUCUUGUAAGUCCAAACCGGCUUACGCCAGCGACGUCGCGCCGCAUGUGCCCACGACGACUAGCUCGCCUUCUUCGACUUCGGCCCCCGCCGUCGUUUCCGUGUCAUCAUCCGCGAAGCCCGUUGACACCAAGCCAGCUUCGUCGACGUCUACUCACGCCGCCUCGAUCGUCAUUCCCGUCAAGUCUUCGAGUGCCCCCGUCAAGUCUUCGGCUACUUCUGCCAAGCCCUCUGCUGCUGAGGUGAAGCCUACCACCACUGCUGCUAAGCCCUCGACUACCGCGGCUGCUCCUGUCACCACGAAGGCUUCUUCGUCCUCCAAGGCUGCCGCCCCUACCUCUGCGUCUGCCCCUGCUGCGUCUGUUUCUUCGGCUCCCGUCAAGAGCGGAAAGUUCAAGUGGUUCGGUAUCAACCAGUCCGGCGCCGAGUUCGGUCCCGGCUCUCUUCCCGGUACCGUCGGCAAAGACUACGUCUUCCCUGACACCAACUCCAUCACGACCCUCCUGAAUGAUGGAUACACGACCUUCCGUGUCAGCUACCUCAUGGAACGUCUCGUUCCCAGCGGCCUCACCGGCACAUUCGACGCCGCCUACCUCGCCGGCCUGACCAAGGCAAUUGAGCACAUCACCUCCGCCGGCGGGUACGCCGUCCUCGACGCCCACAACUACGGCCGUUUCCAGAACAACAUCAUCACCGACACCGCCGCCUUCAAGACCUACUUCACCAACCUGGCCACGCAGUUCAAGUCCAACGCCAACGUCGUGUUCGACACCAACAACGAGUACAACUCCAUGGACCAGGACCUCGUCCUCAAGCUCAACCAGGCCGCCAUCGACGGUAUCCGCGCCACCGGCUCCGAGAACUGGAUCUGGGCCGAGGGUAACUCCUGGACCGGCGCCCACAGCUGGACGAGCGUCAACGACAACAUGAAGGGCCUGACGGAUCCUCUCGACAAGACCGUCUACGAGAUGCACCAGUACCUCGACAGCGACAGCAGCGGUACCUCUGCCGACUGUGUCUCCGCCACCAUUGGAGUCGAGCGUGUCAAGGAUGCUACCGCGUGGCUCCGCACCAACAAGAAGGUCGGUGUUCUCGGCGAGUUCGCCGGCGGCGCCAACGCCCAGUGCAAGGAGGCCGUCGCCGGUCUGCUAGACUACCUCCAGGAAAACAGCGACGUGUGGCAGGGAGCGGCGUUCUGGGCCGCUGGAUCGAUGUGGGGCUCUUACAUCUUCUCCUUUGAGCCCGAGACGGGCACUGGAUACAACUACUACAACGAGCUGUUGAAGACGUACCAGUAG